AUGCAGAGAGUCCGAAGAGGUUACGUGACCCUUUGUUUUAGCAGUGAGGAGAUCGUUAGUCACUUUGGUGGAAGUUUUGUGUCCCGGUGGCCAUGGGGAGAAGGAAGGAUCAUCUGGUGGCUGUACCCAGUCAGGGAAACCUUUAAGAACCGGACAGUCGUCAAGGAAUUCUGGAUUCUCGGAUUUGAGAACGCCCACAACUUUAGGGUUCUACUCUUUCUCCUGUUCCUCGUAAAUUAUAUUGUGACGUGUUCGGCAAAUUUCAUGAUCGUCUUGUUGGUGUGCGCAUCCCACCACAUCUACUCUCCGAUGUACUUCUUUCUUAGCCAUUUAUCUCUGAACGAUAUCCUCCUCACAACAAAUAUCGUACCUCAGAUGCUUUCCGUUGUGUUGAGAGAAGGAAGUGCCAUGUCCAUCGCUGGAUGCUUCACCCAGUUCUACUUCUUCGAAAUAUCAGCCACCACAGAAUGUCUCCUCCUCACCGUGAUGUCCUACGACCGAUAUUUAGCCAUCUGUAACCCGUUGCGUUAUUCCUCCAUCAUGGACCUUAAGCUUUGUGUUUAUCUUGUAACUCUGACUUGGGUAUGUGGACUAGUUUUCUCUUUGGCCCAUAUUGUCUUUUUCACCCGACUGAUAUUCUGUGGGUCAAAUGUCAUCAACCAUUUUUUCUGUGAUAUGGUUCCUCUUCUCAAACUUUCUUGUUCUGACAUUUCUGGUAACGAAAUGGUAAACUUUGUCUUGUCGAUCCCCAUAUUAUUCUUCCCACUAGUUUGCAUAACCCUAACUUAUACAAAUAUCUUAAUUUCCAUUCUUCGUAUCUCUACCACAACUGGGAGACAGAAAGCCUUCUCCACCUGCAGCUCCCACCUGACCGUGGUCUGUAUAUAUUAUGGGACAUUGGUCUUUAACUAUGUGAUUCCCUCGAAAGGGAAAUAUUUAAGCCUCCAAAAGCAGGUUUCUGUGCUUUACACCAUGGUGACCCCACUGCUGAACCCCAUUAUAUACAGCCUGAGAAAUGAGGAGAUCCGAGGGUCCUUAAACAGAUUCAUCUUCAACAGGAAAGGAGGAACAUUUCAAACCUGA